UUUAUGGGGGUUUUGUAUCGUAAUAAAACUGCGUGGCCUUUGUAUACAAUUAUUUGAAUUUUCAUGUUAUCAGACAUUGCAUUAGUCAUUUUCCUUUGGGGAUUGAUUGAGUGGAUCGGUAACAAUUAGUGCAAAAUAAAAUUCGAUUGUAAAAACUAAUACGCUUCGUGGAAAGAUUUGUGAUCGAAACGCGUUAAAAAUAUACCGGCUUGAAAAGGAAGUGUACAACUCAAUUCACAAAGGUCAGAUGUUGCAAAAGUGGUAUCUACCUUAUUCCAAAGUUGGAUAGUACGGAUUUUAGUUUGAUCAGUUUUAUUCCUUGGAAUACUACAAAACAAUGGGUGACUCAGACGUAGUAGUAUCAUGGAAUUGGACCGAGUUUUGCUCUACUGGAAUAAAACCAUUCGCUCACAACUCCAACGACUUAUUACCCUGCUUUCAGGAGAUUGUACUACAAAUUCCAAUUUAUACAAUAUUUGCGACAAUAUCUGCCUACAAUUUUGGAUAUUAUACGCGUAGUGUGUUACGUGAUGAACUGCAAUUACGCCUUCUUUAUUUGCGUAUAGGCGUGGCAAUUAUGUUGGCACAACUUCCUGUUUGGAAGAUAUUCGUUUUUCAUCAUACAGGCGUUAAAUUAUAUGCGGUCGACGUGUUGGUGGUUGCGACAGAAUGUGUGAUGUGGGCUGUGCAUGUGGGUUAUUUAUUAUCCACACGCCGGUUUGGCAACCUCAGCCACCGUGGUUCGCUUUGUAUUAAUGUUACCUGGCUAGCUGUUUUAGUUUUGGAUGUUGUUUGGUUACAAACCAGUGUUAGUUAUGAUUGGUGGCCAUGGAGCUUGGUAACGGUGAUUUUCGAUAUUUUCUACGCUAUAACAUUAAUUCCUACGGGCAAUGCUGUUUUCAGCACUUCUUUCCGACAUACUUCGAAUAGAGAAGAUGAAUCGCUACUUGGCAACCGUUACACUUAUUUCCAUUUUGAUUUAAAUGAAACACAUCUAGGACAUGCUCAAGAUGACGCCAGCUAUACAUCACGCUUCAUUUUCAAUUGGGUGAAUCCGUUAAUAACGAAAGGUGUCGCUGGCGGUCUUAAAAAAAUUGAAGAUCUCUUUGAUCUACCCGAUUCUUUAAAUAUUUCAAGAAUAAGCGAACAUCUACAAAUUUGCAUUUCGCAAUCGAAAACAUUGUUUUGGUCAUUGCAUAAGGGAUUCGGACGAGAAUUUUAUUUAAUAGGUAUUUUAAGAUUUAUUGCCGACAUUGCUGGAUUCGCUGGACCGUUAUUGCUGGGUGGUUUAUUGCAAAAUAGAAACGAAAGUGAUAAUACAGAACCAGAUUGGAGUCCUUACCUGUACGCCUUGGGACUAUGUGUCACAACAUGGUUAUCGGCUAUAUGUGGCACCCAUUUUAACUGGCGUAUGUCAAUGAUCGGCAUGAAAAUGAGAAUCGGACUUGUUACUGCUAUAUAUCGAAAAUCGUUAGAGGCACGCGGUCUUAAGAGUUCUCGUCCGGAUAUAUUGAAUCUAAUGUCUACUGAUACAGAAAGGAUAGUGAAUUCGUGCAUAAGCUUUCACUCCUUUUGGAGCAUACCAUUUCAACUUUUUACUACGCUCUAUUUGCUCUAUACGCAAUUGGGCGCAGCUUUUUUAGCUGGCUUAAUAUUUGGUAUUGUACUGAUACCAAUAAAUCGCUUACUGGCUCAACGUAUUGGUCAAUACUCGCGCGGUCUUAUGAGCGCUAAAGAUCAACGUCUGGCUGCGACCAGUGAAACAAUGAGCGGUGCCAAGCAGAUCAAAAUGCAUGCUUGGGAAGAUAUAUUUAUUGAAAAAAUUCGCACCUGUCGCAAGUUGGAAGUAAAUUUCCUAAGAAAGCGUAAAUAUUUAGAUGCACUUUGUGUUUACUUUUGGGCCACAACGCCAGUCUUGAUGUCGUUUUUAACUUUCGGUGUGUCUGUGCUGAUGGGCAAUCCACUGAUAGCCGCGUCCACCUACACAAGUGUAGCGCUAUUAAAUAUGUUAAUUGGCCCAUUGAAUGCAUUUCCUUGGGUGCUCAAUGGACUUAUUGAAGCUUGGGUGUCAGUGAAGCGCGUGCAGGAACUUAUUGAUUUACCCAAUUUAGAUUUUUCAUCUUAUUAUAAUCCAAUUAUAAAAUCUACUGGCUAUGAAAACUCGACGAAGUUGGACGAUAGGCCUGUAGUUCUGGAAAUGAAAUCGGCAACGUUUGAACAUGAAAAUGGCACAAAGCAAAACAAUAACGGACAUCAGCAAGAAAAAUUCCACUUAGAUAAUGUCAAUCUUACAGUGAAAAAGGGCGAUUUAAUAUGUCUCGAAGGACCCGUCGGUGGUGGCAAAACUGCUUUGAUCGAUGCUAUAGUUGCUGGUAUCAACUGCACAUCGGGAAGUAUAUGUGUGCACGAACUAACUUCGGGUUUUGGUUAUGUGCCCCAAUCGCCUUGGUUGCAGCGUGGCACUAUACGUGAUAAUAUCAUUUGGGGCAGUGUAUUUGAUGAGCAAUGGUACAAAGCUGUUGUUUAUGCCUGUGCGCUAAAUGAUGACUUAGAAUUGUUAGGCGGUGAUUUAACUGGGAUUGGCGAAAAUGGGCGUACGUUGUCAGGCGGGCAAAGAGCGCGUGUUGCUUUAGCGCGAGCAGUUUAUCAAGAUAAGAAAAUCUAUUUAUUGGAUGACAUACUCGCCUCAUUGGAUGCACACGUUUCACGACACAUUAUCAAACAUUGUAUAUUGGGACUGCUAACGGAGAAGACUGUUAUUGUGGUUACGCGUAACAUAUCGCUAUUCUAUCAUGCUCAUCAGAUAAUCCAUGUGGAGGAUGGCAAAGUAACACCUAGUCAAUACAUGCUUUCAAGUAUUGAUAUAAAUUUAGAAUUGGAAGCGGGCGACACUGACGAUAUAUACGAUUGCACUCGCAGAUCUUCACUUGCCGUCGAAGAUCAAAAUACGUCUGAUAAAAAGAGUGUUGAUAGCAUUAUGUUAGAGGAAUCACGCAAAUAUGGCCAAAUCUCCUUGAGUGUUCUUUCUUGUUAUUGGCGCGCCAUUGGCACACCACUGGCCGUGACCACAUUAACUUUCGUUAUACUUAUGCAAUUAACGCGUAAUUUAUCUGAUGCAUGGUUGGCACAUUGGGUAACCGAUACUACAUUGGAUCCACAAAAUAAUGACACAACUCUGGAGCAUAUUGUCCACGUGCCACAGCAGUUUAGCAAUCAUACUGUGCCACCACACAACACAGGUUAUUAUCUUGGAAUUUUCGCCUCACUAGCAGUGCUCAAUUCGCUGGCAACAAUCGCACGCGCAUUCCUCUUCGCCUUUGCCGGUAUCAAAGCCGCUAUUUAUGUACAUGAACGAUUGCUGCAUAAAGUUUUAUAUACAAAAUUCAAUUUCUUUGACAUCACCUCCGUUGGACGCAUUUUGAAUCGAUUUUCUUCGGAUACCUACACAGUUGACGAUUCCUUACCAUUCAUACUAAAUAUACUCUUGGCCCAGCUAUUGGGUUUGGCAGGUGCACUUUGCAUCAGCCUCUAUGCCAUGCCUUGGUUGGGUCUGAUCAUCAUACCCAUGGUACCGAUUUAUCUCAAUUUACAAUAUCGCUAUCGCCAUGCUUCGCGUGACAUAAAACGUCUCUCAAGCAAUGCACUCUCACCACUCUACACACAUUUCACUGAAACAUUGCAAGGCCUUGUCACCAUACGUACAAUGCGAGCGAGUGCGCGCUUCCAACGUGACUUCCACGCCAAGCUGGAGGAGAGCAUAAAGGCGCAGUUAACAUCGGCAGCAGCGCAACAAUGGUUAAGUCUACGCCUACAAAUGUUGGGCGUAUUGCUUGUAGCUGGCGCUGGCUUUCUAACUGCUAUUACAUCGGCACAUGUUACCAAUCCAGGACUAGUUGGUUUGGCCAUUUCUUAUGCGCUUUCAAUUACUGGUCUAUUAAGUGGAUUACUUAAUGCUGUGGCGGAAACAGAACAGGAAUUUGUCGCAGUCGAACGUGUAAAUGAGUAUAUGCAGUUGGAGGGUGAAGAGAAUGCUGAAGGCACUUGUGAUCCACCGUUCGGUUGGCCGAGUCAGGGUGCGUUGAAAUUCACAAAUGUGGAACUGCGUUAUCGCGACAAUUUAGCACCCGCCCUACACGACAUCAAUUUAUGUACAGAAGCGUUUGAGCGCGUUGGAGUUGUGGGUCGCACUGGCGCAGGUAAGUCAACACUGGUGGCGGCUUUGAUGCGUGUUGCGCCACUAAGCCGCGGCGAAAUCUCAUUGGAUUGUGUAAAUUUGAAAACAUUAGCUGUGAAAGUACUGCGAGACCGUUUGGGUAUUAUACCGCAAGAUCCUUUCCUGUUCGAAGGCACAGUACGCGAAAACCUUGAUCCACGUCACACUUAUUACGAUUCGGAAAUAUGGCAUGCACUAGCCACCUGUCAUGCGGCCACACAAUUAGUACAAUCACUUGGUGGCUUGGAUGGACGUAUCGAGAAGGGCGGCAUCAAUCUAUCAGCCGGUCAGCGACAACUUAUGUGCCUAUCACGCGGUCUGCUCAAAAAUGCAAAAGUGGUUUGCAUUGAUGAGGGCACCUCCAAUUUAGACGACGAAUCGGCCAUCGCUAUGCAACAAGCGCUGCGAAACUCCUUUAAAAGUUCAACAGUUCUCUUCAUAGCGCAUAGAUUACGCGGUCUACAGCUGAUGGAUCGUAUUUUAGUUAUCGAGCAUGGUGAGAUCAUAGAAGAGGGCACACCACGUGAUUUGGCUCAAAACACAAUAUCACUCUUCCAUAGUAUGCUGCAAGCGCAACGCAUCAAUGUUGAGGAGUUUUGCGCGAAUUAGAACUUCAAUACUAAUAGUCAUAUGUAGUAAGGUACUUUCACCGCUAUAAAAAAUAUUUUUUAUGAAUUUAACUAAAUUAAUAUGGCAGUUAUGUUUUUAUGGAAACAUUCAUAUUUAUGUAGAGAAAUUUACAUGUACAUAUAGUAUAUACAUACUAUACAUAUAAUAUAUAGAUUCCGAAGAAGUAAUAUAUAGGAUAUAUAUUAUGCCUGAUACUGUAAUAGUUUUGAUAGUCAAAAAUGAAU